AUGUGGCCGACAAUCCCCAACAGGACGUUUCUGCAGGAUUUCUUCUGGAGCAGAUUCAGGAUGAGUGUCCGGGUCCCACCCAGACUCCUGGGACUGGCAGGUCAGAGCCUGCUGAGGGAUGAGGCCUCGGCCAUCGCAGCUCUGGAGUUGCUGCCCCCCGAACUCUUCCCACCACUGUUCAUGGAGGCCUUCACUGGGAGACACACAGAGACCCUGAAGGCGAUGGUGCAGGCCUGGCCCUUCGCCCGUCUCCCUCUAGGGGGCCUGAUGCAGACGCCUCACCAGGAGAUCUUACAAGCCGUGCUUGAUGGGCUCGAUGUCCUGCUUGCCCAGAAGGUUCGCCCCAGGAGGUGGAAACUGCAGGUGCUGGAUUUACGGAACGGUGGUCAGAACUUCUGGAGCCUGUGGUCUGGAGCCGGGGUCCACGUGUGCUCACCGAUGGGACCAGGGGCUGAGGACAGUUCAAGGUCGAAGCAGCCCUUGGCUCCCUUGAAGGUGUUCGUAGACCUUUGCCUCAAGGAAACGACCCUGGAUGAAUUCCUCACCUACCUCAUUACGUGGGUCAAGCAGAGAGAAGGUUGGCUACAUCUGUGCUGUAAGAAGCUGAGGAUUUUCGCCAUGCCCAUCCAAAAUAUUGAGAAGGUCUUGAAUAUGGUGCAGCUGGACUGCAUCCAGCAGGUGGAAGUCAACUGCCCCUGGCAGCUGUCCACCCUGGGAGUGUUUGCUCCUUACCUGGGCCGGAUGAGUAACGUGCAGAGACUCCUUCUCGCCCACAUCCACGCGGCUGCCUCCGAGGAGGAGGAGCAGCAAGUCGCCCACUUCACCUCUCAGGUCCUCAGGCUGCACCACCUCCGGGGGCUCUAUAUAGACUCUCCUUCCUUCCUCGAAGGCUGCCUGGACCAGAUGCUCAGGUGCCUGAAGACCCCCUUGGAGACCUUAUCAAUAACUAAUUGCCAGCUUACGGAAUCAGACUUGACACACCUGUCCCACUGCCUGCACAUCAGUCAGCUACAGAACCUGGAUCUGAGUGGCAUCAGCCUGACCUAUUUUAGUCCUGAGCCCCUCCAAAUCCUGCUGGAGAAAGUUGCAGCCACCCUCCAGAACCUGGACUUGGAUCAGUGUGGGAUCGCGGACUCCCAUCUCGAGGCCAUCCUGCCUGCCCUGAGCCACUGCUCCCAGCUCAGGACCUUCAGCAUGUGUGGGAACCCCCUCUCCAUGGCCGUCAUGGGGAGGCUGCUGCGCCACACCGACGGGCUGCACCGAUUAAGGCUGGAGGUGUAUCCUGCCCCUCUGGAGAGUUACAGCCCCUGGGGGGCUCUCCACCUGGGCAGACUUGCCUGGUUUAGGGCUGAGCUGAUAGAGAUUCUGAGGGACUUGGGACGGCCCAGGACUGUGUGGCUUAGCACGAGCCCCUGUCCUCACUGUGGCAACAAGACAUCCCAUGACUUGGAGCCCAUUCUGUGGCCCUGUUAUAUGCCCGCCUAG